CUGUUUUGCCCCACACAAGCUUCACCCCGCACCUCUACACCAACCUCACAACUUAUGCGCAAACUAUUUGGCGUGUCCAACUGCAACACCGCCUCCAAACAGUCUCAUUGUAUGGACGCGUUUCGACUAUAUUCAUAUCAGUCAUCACAGAAGCCUUAUCACCCAACACGCCUGACCCAAUUCGCCAUGUCGGACAUCACCCUCGCCGACCUCUCCUAUACAACGCGCGAAGACCUCUCCAAAACAAUCCUAGAAUCCGACUCGGCCUCCCCUCUCCCCUCAAAUCUCGCUAUAGUGGAUGUACGCGACUCCGAUCACAUUGGCGGUCACAUCAAAGGGAGCACAUGGGUGCCCAGUAGCGAGCUCGAUUAUCGCACGGCUGAGCUUGUGCGGACCCUAAAGGACAAGGACACUGUCGUUUUCCACUGCGUGCUAUCGCAACAACGAGGGCCGAGCGCCGCCUUACGGUAUAUCAGGGAGAAGAGGAGGCUGGACCAAGCCUCCAAAACCGAGAGCAAAGGAGAAGUGAAAGAGGGAGACGAGUCUGCGAAGGAGGAAGGAGAGGGGCAAGAGAAGAAGGCACAGAAGGUCCUGGUUUUGGAAGGUGGAUUUAAUAAGUGGCAAGAAAAGUAUGGCCCGGAUGGACGUCUCACUGAGGCAUGGCAGAAGGACAUUUGGGAAUACGGAGCUUGA